GAUUCCAUCAAAUAAGAUUCUAUUUUGCAUUGGGAAACGCAAACUUAUGAAAUUCAUGUUCAAAUUCGUCUCUUGAGAAUUGAGAAUUCAGAAAUUUGUUUGAUUUUGAAGAUGACAACUGAACAACUACUUCUAAGUAUCGAUCCUUUGGACCUCAAAUUUCCAUUUGAACUCAACAAGUCUGUUUCGACCGCUUUUCAACUCAUCAAUAAGACUGAUAAUCAUGUUGCUUUCAAGGUAAAGACGACCAAUCCCAGAAAGUAUACUGUUAGGCCGAACAGUGGAAUUGUUCUCCCACGAUCAAGGUCCAAUGUUACAGUUACGAUGCAACCUCAAAUGGAGUUACCUCCAGGUAUGCAAUGCAAAGACAAGUUUCUUGUACAGAGUGUGAUUGUGGACCCUGGGUCUACAGCAAAAGAUAUUAACCCAGACAUGUUCAACAAGUCUGGGGUAAAUGAUGUUGAGGAAUGCAAACUAAAAGUUAUUUAUGUCUCACCACCGAGAAAACCAUCACCAGUCCCUGAAGAUUCUGAGGAAGGAACUUCACCAACAGCUUCUGACAGUGAUUUACAAGAAGACAGUGAGCCUCAGGACAACUCCAUUAAGGCCAGAGAUCUCAUUUUGAGGUUGAUGGAAGAGAGAGACUCCAUUCUUCGAGAAAAUGCCAAACUCAGCCGAGACCUGGUUAUGAACCCAUCAACAGUCCUGCUGCUAUUAGUAAUUUUCCAAGUGGACUCCAGAGGCCUGGUCUUUGAAGCUAUGAUCAUGGGAGGAAUUUAUGUUAAUGCUACUAAUCCAUAUUAUUCCAGAAGGAGGCUGCAUUAGUGCAGCAGUCAAAGUAAAUAGUCUUCCCUGUGUUUCUGCAUUACUAUUUACUGGUCAAUGGUUUUUUAGUAAAUUGAUGUUCCCUUUUUCUGUCUACUAGUUUACAAGUUUCAGAUAAUUUUAUGUGCAUGGUAGCUUGAAGGUCAUUAAUCCCCAGUUAUAGUGGUAAACAGGUCCGUUAGCGUACUAGCAUUAACCAAAUAAUCUAAGAUAGUCUUGAAAGGCGAGUUUUAGAGAGAAGGUAGUAACUGUUAGAGACUAGAACUUGUUUUCAGAUGUGGACCAAGUUGAUUUUAAGAAACAUUAUUGUGCGAUCAGCAGAAAAUAGUUCGUAGACUACUUAAUUUUAGUGUGAUAACCAUUGACUGGAGAUUUGGCCUAAGCUGGGAACUUCAUAGCAAACUUGGGCCUUUAUCUGUUUUUUCUUGUAACAACUGUUUGAAUUUAGUAGGUGUGCACAGAGAAAUUUUUCCAUCUGUUCUGUUGACAUUUUGGCUAAGAUGAUUUUUA